AUGGACCUACAUCCCCUCACCCCCGACCAGCUCGCCCAAGCAGCCACCACCUGCCUCCACCUCCAAGCCACAGCGCAAGACAUCCACCGCAAACGGCCCUUCGUCGCCCUCCUCCUCGGCCCCGACAACACCACCGUGCUCCUCUCGUCCAACUCGCUCUCCCACGUCCGCCACGCCGAAUGCGAACUCGCCCGCAACGCCGCCGACAAUUUCAACGCCGCCUACCUCGCCGCCUGCACCCUCGUCUCCACCUGGGAGCCGUGCGCCAUGUGCGCCGCCACCAUCUACUGGGCCCGCAUCGGCCGUCUGGUCUACCUGGCCUCCGAGGCGGCCCUGCGUGACAUCGUGGGCCCCGCAAACCCGGAGAACCUCACCAUGACGCUCGACUGUCGCGUGGUGUUUGCGGCGGGGCAGACGGACACGGAGGUCGUUGGGCCGGUGCCGGAGUGGGAGGGUCGUGUUGUGCAGGAUGCGCGCCGGUUCUGGGAUUCGCAUCGGGGUUCUGGAUAG